UUUCAGAUGGCUCCACCACGUGGCCGUUCAAAGCGAAAGCAUCCGUCUGAAUCCGGAAAUUCUUCAAUUGCCGAUUCAGAAGACCCAUCAGAAUCCACAUCAUCAUCUCGUCCACGCCGCAGUCGACUUCCGAAACGUUAUUUUGACGACGGUUACAGUCCACCGCCAACAAAAAAACGUGCGGCUCAACGGGAAACACCAUCAGACGCCGAGGAGGUGGAGGUGAAGAUUGAAGAGAUCUCGGUUAGAUCUACACCUGCGUCAACACCAGCACCAAAGAGUACCUCGAAGGCUAGAGGCCGACCCAAAAAAAAUCCAACUCCACCACGUCGCAAAUCGCUAAAACGCCAAGAAGAAGACAUUAUCUACAUGGAUGAGGAUUCUGAAGAAGAAGAAGAAUCUUCGGACGAUGAGUUCAUGCUAAAUGAGGAUCAGGUUGUUCAGGAGGAAGAGGAAGAGUUGAAUUUAACAGAUAUUAAAAUCGAAAAAGGUCUCGACGAGGAGAACAAGUAUUGUCCGUGGUUGGAUGAAGAUCCUGCAAGUCUACCAAAACUCGAACUACCAGAAUCUAGUCAGGAUAUUCCGAUUCCAACGGCUAGUAUAAUGGAUGCUGUUGAAAUUUACGAGAUUCUCCGAUCUUAUCAUCGAACUCUCCGCAUCACACCCUUCACUUUUGAGGACUUUUGCGCGGCACUAAUAUCGCACAACAACUCAUGUAUUAUGGCAGAAGUCCAUAUGGCUUUGCUUCGUAAUUGUCUGAAAUCCGACGAUGAAGAGCAGACGCACUACUCGGUGACCGAGACGAACAAUUCUGUAAAUAUAAUGAUUCACCAUAUGGAUACACUGACCUACGCUGAAAUUCUACGACAAUAUAUUGAGGCGUACCCGUUUGCUGAUGCGUCUGUUAGAGAUGCUAUUAAUGUCGAUAAUUAUCCGUUUGUGGGAUAUGAUGCAAAACUCGUCGUCCUUCUCUUCAUGAGCUACCGUUUCUUAUAUUCGUCGGAAUUUAAGAAACUUGUGAAUAAUGUUGGAAAAUUCCAGAACGACGAAAACUGCCGAGUUUGCGGUAAAUCGUCAGGACGUGUAGUAGGUUGCACUCAAUGCGAAGCCGCUUUCCACGUGGAAUGCAGUCAUCUGAAGCCAUUUCCUGAGGUUCUUGUAUGCAAUAUAUGUAAAAAGAAUUCAGCAGUUCGUGGUGUACUGCCGCCGGAUGAAGCUGUCGACCGGGAACCGUUAAGAUCUCAACCAAUCGGAAGGGAUAGAUAUGGACGAUAUUAUUGGUUCAUUGUUCGACGUCUUGUUGUUCAAUCCCUUGAUGAAACGGAACUUUACUACUAUUCAACAGUUCCACAACUCUACCAACUCCUUCAAAAACUUGAUCGAACGUAUUACGAAAAGGAUCUUUGUGAUACGAUUCGCCUUCGAAUCGACGAGUUUUUGGAGCAAAUGGCUUUGACAGUGGAGAUGACGUCAGAACGGAGAGAAGCUGCAUUGGAGACGAUGGUGAAACGGCAAUUGAUCGGAUAUGAUUUUGCUGAAGCCACGACUCCGCAGAUUUAUCUUCAUAGGGAUAGCAUGAAACGAAUGGCAUCAAUUCUUCGGGACUGUGCUCAAAAGGGACAGGUGAAGCAAGAAGUCAAGCUGGAAGAGCCCGUCGAAGGACAGUCGCCAGUGAAAUGUGUUCAAUUUGUCGAAGAUUCCAUUCUGCCCGAAUCAAUGAUUGGAAUUUUCGAUGCGAAACUGAUCAACACGUUUUGGAGUGGUGGGGCGACGCAAGAGGAGCUCGUCGAACAGUUUGUCGAUAUUUCGGACAACUUUGAUGCCCCGAGUGCAAACCUCUGGCGGAUGGGAGAUGAGGGGAAUGAUCAGACAUUUAUGACGUAUUAUAAUUAUUAUAGUCGAAACGAGAUGUCUGAGAGCUUCCUAACCCGGAAAAAGGCGGCGGAUAAAAAGAAGUAUAUGGCGUCAAAAUUCGCUCAAAUCGACAAUUUCGAUUGGGUUGUGGCGAAAAAUCGGCAAUUCUACGGAGACGCGAGCCUCCAUUGCAAGUUCAUCAUGUGGACGCUACAACAAGUCAUCAAGAACAUCCCGAUAGAUUUGAUGCAUAGGAAAUGGCCUGAAUUCGCCAAAGGUUUCGAUCUGGAAGUUUCUGUGGCUGAUGACUACAAGAAGCUUGUCACAUGUCUUCUCAAACUGGAUUGUGCCGUUCGAAAGACAAUAUUCAUGCCGCAAUGGUGGAAUGGAUUGGGACAAACUCGACUGGAAAGGAUUACUGUAGAUCAGAGGGAGAAUUUUAUGAAAGAGCAACAGAGGCUCAAGAAGAUUGACGCGGACGCCCUUACCAAAGAUCUUGAUGAUAGUUUUGUCCGAGUGAACUACAUGAAACCGAAAUGGCCGAACACCUAUAUACUUCGACAGCGUGGAGAGACUUAUCGGAACGCUGGAAAAGGAUCGAUGGGUGGUUGGGCGUGGGUGGCGGCGAAAUACGUGGAAAAAUGGAUCCAAGUUCCCGAAUCACCGAAGUUACCGCUGGCGGUCACUGUUGAGGAGAUAAAGACUGAAAGCGUUUCGAACCGGAAAGCUCGUCGACUUGAGCUGCUGGUCAGCAAAAUAACUAAAAAACGACAGCGAAGUGGUGGAAAAAGCUCGAAAAAACCAACAUUUGAGCUCACAAAUGGGUGUUAUUCGCCAUCUUGCCGAUCAAAUCCCAACCGGAAAUGCUAUUCACCAAUGUGCCGAAAUGGUUAUCUAGUCAGUGCUAAACAGGCACACGAUGAGCGAAAAUUAGAGGAAAGCGGAGUUUUGGGCGAAGAAAAAGCAUGGCCGAUACCAGAAAUUCAGACUUUUUCGACGAAACGAGGAGGAAAAAGCAUUUUUGUUUUGCAGAAAAAAAUACUUCGUCAAAUGAUUAUGGGCGGUGGAUGCCAACAGGUGUAUAUGCCAGGAUUCUCAGCUGGUAUAAAGAGCAAUUUGCUAAUAUGGCCUUAUCCGGCACCUCGACCAACUCUGGAUUUGUGUUGGAAAUGGCAAACGCUGAACGCUCGUAGCCUUCACGCGGUGGCUCUUCAACUAAAAAUCAUUUGGUCCUCCAUCAAAUUCAACGAAUUUGAUCCAGACGACACUCAUCCGGAUCGUCGUGUCGUCAUUGAUACACCAAGUCACGAUGAACGACGCCGAAUCAUUCGGCACAAAGAAAUGCCACCAUAUGGACAAUACGAGCGAUAUGAGAUGGAAAUCGAAAUUAUCCCAUUGUAUGACGAGCCGGAAGAAGAGGAUGAAUCGUGGCUCUCGAGGAAUCGAGGAGGAUCUUCGGAAUUCUCACAUAGAUCGUCGAGUGCGAGAAAAAAGCGACCGCAGAGAUCUCUUGACAAUCGGCGAGCUACCGCAAUUCGCAGAGAAUGGGUGGAUGGUGUUACGUUGAAGGUGUUCGAAAUCAAGGACUACUGGAAAUGGAUCCGAGCGGAAGCUGAAAAAACUGCGAAACGGAAGUUGGAAGCGACAAGGAAAGCACAGAAAGCCAAAGAAGACGAGGAGCGGCGACGGAUUCAGCAACAGCAGCAGAGAUCAGUGGCGCGUAUACCAGUUCCAAUGCACUCACUUAUUCCGUCAGAGAGAAAUAACGUGCCAUACUUGGGAUCGCAACAACAACGACGACCUAAUGGGAAUGAGAGAGGAUUUUUGGAAAAGUACAACAAUUCCUCCUCCGUCUCGCCACAAGCCCACGGCUACGCUUCAACACCACCUCCAGGAUAUCAUCAACCUCAACCAAAUAUCAUACGCCAAGCGGGCUACAAUCAACUGCCCCGGAAACCUACAACGUCUCCGUUCAAUUUUCAAUCAAGACCUGUCGCCACAAUUCCAACCACGCCGCAACUUCGAGCUGCUGCUGGAGCUGAUGGAGUUGUGCGAGCUGUUAUGAUGACCCCGGGGAACAAAAGCACAGUUAAUACGAAUUCGACGCCGUAUCCACAGGCUCUGAAUCGCCAACAGUACCAGCUACAACGGCAGCAGCAGCAGCCAGCUGUGCGAAGAUUGACCAACGGAUAUCAUUUUAUGGACGGAACAAUGAGAGGAGGUGGCCGGAAUCCGUCUGUUCAGAUGCACCAAAGACUGCCACAAAAUCGUGCAGCUCUUCAAAGGCCGUUUGGGGAAUCAACAACCGAGAUGCGCCGUGUCACCGAAGCGGCGAUUCCGGACAAUGACGGAGACGAACAACCGCCAGUCAUUCCGCGCUACGAUCCAACAAGCAAUUUUGAUGCACAAAGAGCCCAACAGCAACAUCCGCAAAGUCGCCCGGUUUACUCCACGCCGGCCCAGAUGAUCCGUACUACUCAACCUGGCGGCGUCAAACACAACGUGAUCCUCAUGAAAGCAUCGGACGGAACACAAAAAAUGGUUUUAAAACCGGGUCAGUUUCCUCCGGGAACGGUUAUUUCGACUGGACAGCGAGUCGUGCCUUAUCGACAACCCACGGCUGUUCAACAACGCCAGUUGUAUACGGCAACUCCAGGCACACGAGUUGUGCGAAUUCCGAAUGCAAAUGGCGGAGCGCCUCGUCAACAAGAUCAUCAAGUUAUGAGGCGUGUUGUACAAGCAUCAGGACCACGAGCAAUGGAAUAUAUGGAUGAUCAAGGGACACCACCACCAGGCCAACAAGUUCGCUACGUGCUUCAAGGCGGAAACUCCGGUACACCAAAUGUAAAUCCUCCAAAAGUGUCGUCUCGUGGAGGGCCGCGUGGCGGAUUGACUAUGCAAAUGGUGCAGCAACAGCAACAACAUAACCCGGAACAUCGACGACUACUCGCCGGACGACAGAAGCAAAAAGUGACGACGUACAGGGAUUUCAUGGCGAGCAGAGGAUAUUUGGAUACUUCGAAAUUUAUGAUGCAGACAAAACCCACAUUCCUUCCAUUCGAAUUCAACGAAGAAGAGGAACGAGAGAUAAAUGAGGCGAUAGCAAGAGAGGAGGCGUGGAUGAGACAAGAGGAAGAAAACAAAACAAGUGGCUACGACUCCUCUGGAAAUCCGAUUCGUUCCAUCACGUCUUCAGGUGACACCCAACGAGCUCCACCAUAUGUCUCCAAUCUUCUACCGUCUUCCAACGAUUCGCCUGAUGAUAAGGUUAUCAAGCAGGUUUUGGAUGUGAUGUUCAGUCAGGUAUGCCGUUGGGAUCGACAGUACGGAUGGUCAAAGACACACGUAAAACGAGCCAGACAGAAGAAUGAUUCGGAUAAAAUGCAAAUGUUCAGUCUUCGAAAAUUUCGAAUGAACCAACGUGAACUGCUCAUCACGGAUCACAUGGAACGUCUCAAGAAGGAGAUCAACAAGCGCCGAACUAGAAUGGAGAACGAAGCUGAACAGCAGUGCGGAUUGCUGACACCGUGGAGAAAGGCGAGAGCUAGACCGCAUCGGGCGGCCAAACCAAAAGCUGAGGUGAAAAAGGAAGUCAUAAAUCCGGCUGAUAUCACUCUGGGCGGAGAUACUUAUGAUUAUGUCAAGGAACAGAAGCCAACGGAAUCAAUCGCCACCAACGUUUCUCGUCGUCGCCGAACUUCUGCGAAUCUCUCAAAAUCUGAAGAUGAUCGGGACAAGCCGGAAAGCCAAUCCACGGCUCCAAAGUCAAAAGAGCGUCGUACUUCGGAGCCGCCAGCGUCCCACGUGGCGUUCCACACUCCAGGAUCCGCGACACCACACGACAUAAACCUAUCCAUUGAGCAUUGCACCUGUCAGAAGAUUUUCGACGCGUCGAAGCUGUAUAUUCAGUGCGAGCUGUGCGCUCGUUGGUACCAUGGCGACUGUGUUGGAGUCGCCGAGCAAACUAUUUUGGGUUUGGAGCACUGGAGCUGUGAGGAAUGUAUUGAGGAGCAGGAGAGAGUCAAGGAUCAGCCGGCGUUGUACUGUGUCUGUCAGAAGCCAUAUGAUGAUACAAAAUUCUACGUUGGGUGUGACAGCUGUCAAGGGUGGUUUCACCCGGAAUGCGUUGGGACAACACGUGCCGAAGCCGAGCAGGCCGCCGAUUACAACUGCCCGGCAUGCACUCGAGAGGCUGAAGGCUACGAGUCGGAAGCGUCAGAUGUGUCGGGUUCGAGUCGUGUUAGUGUGCAAUUAACACGCGCCGACUAUACUCAUGUCUUUGAGCUCCUCGAGCUUCUCCUCGAACACCGUAUGAGCACACCAUUCAGGAACCCAGUAGAUUUGAAUGAGUUCCCAGAUUAUGAGAAAUUCAUCAAGAAGCCUAUGGAUCUCUCAACAAUAACAAAAAAGGUUGAGCGCACCGAAUACCUGUAUCUAUCGCAAUUUGUGAACGACGUGAAUCAAAUGUUCGAAAAUGCAAAAACCUACAAUCCCAAGGGCAAUGCUGUAUUCAAGUGCGCCGAAACGAUGCAGGAAGUGUUCGACAAAAAGUUGAUAGACGUUCGCGAGCAAAUGACCGCCCGUCAACAGAUGCUUCUUCUAGCUACUGCUCAACAACAGGACCCGAUGAGUUCUAUCAGAAAGCGUGUCCAGUCGGAAAGCCAGCGAACUGUCGACUCGUUGGAUAUCGAUUCGGAUCAGCUGUUGCCACUGGAUGCGAAUCUUAUGAGACUUUAUGAUUUUUGAGAUUUUUCCUCUUGUUUUUUUAUGUUUUUCGUAGUCACACAGUGACUUUUCACUUGUUACGUUGACAAUGUUUUGUAAGAAUAAAAUUUCUUUUCGAUUUUCAAUGAAAAAUGUUUAAAGCACAGGUUCACGGCUAAAUAAAAACGUUCCG